CUCAAUUUCAAAGUCAGCAAAUGUAUGGAAUAGUCUCAGCCACCAAUAAUGCAAAACGAAAUGGUCGCUCUUUCAUUGUCAACCUAAAAAAUUGCGAUAUUCGUCCUCCACCUUCGUAAAUUGUCCCAUCACGUGAGUAAUGUUAUCAACUUAUCAUCGUUGUUUUUGAGAGAAAAGAGAAAAAAAAUGGCAGGUGCAAGAAGAUUGGGCGUGGCUGUUGAUUUCUCAGCAUGCAGCAUCAAAGCACUGAAUUGGACGGUGGAUAACGUCGUCAGAGAAGGAGACAACCUCAUCCUCAUCAUCGUUCGCAAUGCUCAUGGUUACGAGCACGGUGAGAUGCAGCUCUGGGAAACCACUGGCUCACCUCUGAUACCUCUGGCUGAGUUCUCUGACCCUGUGCUCAUGAAGAGAUAUGAACUGAAACCAGCACCUGAAGUAAUUGAUAUUGUGUCAACUGCUGCCAAGCAAAAGAAUAUUGUGGUGCUAAUGAAGAUCUAUUGGGGAGAUGCUCGUGAGAGGUUAUGCGAAGCAAUUGAUCAUGUACCUUUAGACUACCUUACCUUAGGGAACAGAGGCCUUGGCACGCUCCAAAGGGUUAUAAUGGGUAGCGUCAGCAACUAUGUAGUGAAUAAUGCCACCUGUCCUGUCACUGUGGUGAAGAGUUCAGUCCACAACUAUUAGUUCGUUUUUUAAUUUGAUGUAGGAAUAAAUUAAACUUGUUCUACCCGGUUGUACAUGUGUUAAUGACUUUGGUGUCUUUCAUAGUCUGUAUUUUGUAUGAUUAUGUUAAAACUUUUUUUGAGAAGACAAAAUCGAGUUAUAUUAUUCAUAUAAUAAUUUGUAUAAUAUUAUCUUUCAUCCUAAUGAAGUAAAUAAAUGA